AUGGCCUCGUUCGCGGUAUGUAGCCUCUAUGCACCGGCCACACCAGACCCCACCUUCUGGAGCACCUUUAAGGCCCAUCUCGGCAGCAUCACAGCCAAAUACCUAAUCGUGGGCGGGGACAUGAACGCGACACACGCACCCGCCAUAGACCGACGAACGCAAAAGGAUAUAACGCCGGCCCCAACGAGGAACGAUAAACUAUAUGCCAGCUUCCUCAACGAGACCAUGCUACUGGACAUCUGGAGGGCCCACCAUCCAGCGGACAGGGACUUCACCUUCUACUCCCAUACACAUCGGUCAUACUCGCGGAUAGAUUGUUUUCUGGUAACACAAACGACCCAGCCUUGGACCACUCACUCACAAAUUGGCAACAUAACAUGGUCGGACCAUGCGGAGAUCACACUGGACCUUCAAAUCCCACGACUAUCUCGCCCAUGGCGAUGGCGACUCAAUCCGUGGAUUCUCCGGGACAAAGAAACAGUACAGACCAUCACUGGUCAUCUCCAAACCUACUUCGAGUUAAACGCCACAGAGGACAUGGCCCCGACGACAGUUUGGGCAGCGCAUAAAGCGACAAUCCGAGGCCACUUGAUAGCAAUUGCCACAGCCCACAAAAGACGACGCCUCCGGGACCUCACAGAAGCACUGGCCAAACUAACUAAGCUUGAGACACUGCACAAACGACACCCCUCCGACACUGUGCUAAAGGAGCUCACAGAGUUACGAGAGCACCUCCGGCGGCUGUCCUCAGUAGACGUGGCACGAAACCUCAUGUGGACCAAGCAGCGCUUCUAUGAAAAAGGAAACAAAGCAGACGCCCUCCUGGCAAACUGCCUCAAAAAACGGCAGGACAACAAAAGAAUCUCCAAAAUCAGAACCAGCACUGGAGAGAUCACGAAAAACCCAGACAGGAUAGCACAAGAAUUCCUACAAUAUUACACAAAACUAUACGACCAUGCCGAUCCCCCUGGUCCAACAGGGGACGAGUCCCAAAGAGAAAGAAUCUCAUCUUUCCUGCGACCGCUCAACCUGCCCACCCUAUCCACCCAGGCACAGGCACUGCUGGAAGCACCCAUGGAGGGAGAAGAACUUGCCCAGGUCCUCAAAACGAUGAAACCAAUGAAAAGCCCAGGCCCGGACGGCUUUACCGCACUUUACUAUAAAACAUUCCAGGCCACACUCAUCCCACACCUGAGCAGGACUUUCAACUCCAUACUUCAGGGUCAACGCCUCCCCCCGGACAUGCUCACCGCUGACAUCUGCCUCCUGCCUAAACCAGGCAAAGACCAGCUAGAACCAGGCCACUACCGGCCCAUAUCAUUGUUGAACAUAGACCUGAAAAUUCUUACAAAGGCGUUGGCCAUACGUCUCAACACUUGCCUCCCCCAGCUGAUACACCCCGACCAGGUUGGCUUCAUUCCAAAACGGCAGGCUUCGGAUAACACCAGAAGAGCCUUCAACACAAUUUGGUACACCCAAAAUCGGAACAUCCCGGCGGUAAUGCUCUCGCUGGACGCAGAGAAGGCGUUUGAUCGCCUUCUCUGGCCAUACAUGUUCCAAAUACUUACACAUCUAAACUUCCCGUCCGGUUUCAUGAACGCCCUGGAGGCAAUAUACAGUCACCCCAAAGGGAAACUUCUCCUACCCAACAUUGAGGCCCAAACCUUCACCAUAAAGAACGGGACCAGACAGGGCUGCCCCCUCUCACCCUUAAUCUUCGCUAUUCACUAGAGCCACUCCUACAGGCCAUACGCAACCAUCCGGACAUCCAAGGCAUCCAAAUCAGACAAGAGAAAUACGCGGUGGCGGCGUACGCGGACGAUGUCCUUUUAACCCUUGCGGACCCGAUACCAUCCCUACAUGCCACGCUAGAAGUGAUAGCCGAAUACUCUAGCUUCUCCGG